AAAUACAUCAAUAACGUUUUCUAGAAAGUCAAACAGAAAGAACCGUUGUCACAUGCAGACGUGUUUUUAUUGUGCUCCGGGAAAAAAGUAUUCAAAAUAAGGUUUAAUAAGGCGAAAAUACGCUUUCUGUGAUGAAAUCGCGAAUUUGUAUAUUGAUUGGUCAAUUAAUUAAUAUAAAACUUAGCACUUAAAAUUCAAGUUAGCUAAACAUCGAUUACAAUAAGUCUGAAUGACGUUCGCACACAACGUCAACGAAAGCAAGACGAGCGACUGCUCUUUAUACAAAGAAAUAACGCGUAAUUCUCUUUUUAAGCAACCGAAAAUAAUGCAAGCUCUGAUCAAGCGCGGUCAAUUACCCCAACUUGAUCGAAUUCUUAAACGUAGCGAGCGAGAGAGCGCGUUCUUGCUCCCCCUCGCUACCAUCGAUGUCUCUGCAGCCAAAGAGCUCUGAAUGUGCUCCAAUGCAGGUAUGCAAUGACCUACGCUCACCAGCAGUAACUAGCACCGCAAUUUCUUUAACAACGUCAACUGUAAAAACAACAGUAAAGCCAACUGUAUCGACUGCGUGUUUAACGACAUCUUCAGCAACUUUGUCAACAAAAGCUAGCAGCGCAAAUAUUAAUACGUCUACCGGUGCGCUGCCCGAAAAACAGAACCAAAACAAUGAAUUUGUUAAGUCGGCUUUGCAGACUGGUAUGGAUCGCUACAUCCAAGUCAAAAGCCAGGUUGCUAAAUGGAAUCGCGCUCGUGUUAAUCCUUUUGAUCCUGGGGGCCGGCAGCUACUCUCCUGUGCAGUGUGGCUGGUGCAGCUCGAUGUCUUUUUACCCGUAGAAAUGCGAUACCGGCGCGAGCCCCGACCGUCGUCAUUCCCGGUUUUUCAGCAAAAGCCUCGUGUCUUUGUCGCGUGGAGCUUGGUUCCUCCCUUCCAGUCUCCCGAAACCAAACCGGUACCAGAAACACCAAAUCCAGCUCUCAAAGUCGUGAGAGUACCCAAUGCCAAGCCGAGGACCGAGCGGGACGGGCUCAAAGACGCCCAUAAGAAGCAAAUUCCGAGGGUCAAACCAAGGCGACUCUUGGACUCCAGUAGCGACUUUGAAGUGCCGGGAAAGGACUAG